AAGGCGUUGGUAGAUUUCUCGACUUCAGAACUUAAUUGCAUCUGUAUAGAGCUGGUACAACUAAUCAUUUGUUUCCUUUUGCAGUAGAGCCUACUUCUCACGUGAUAUUGAAUACCAUUUCCUGCCCAAAUCACUCGCACUGUACUCAACUUUUUGGUAUACUUCACUCUUCACUCAGUAACUCUAUAGCGUCACCAUGGGUUCCGUCGUCCUUCCGCACCUGCGCACCGCUUGGCACGUCGACCAGGCCAUUCUCUCUGAAGAAGAACGGCUCGUUGUCAUCCGAUUUGGUCGCGACCACGAUGUCGACUGCAUGCGCCAAGAUGAAGUUCUUUUCAAAAUCGCUGAGCGGGUCAAAAAUUUCGCCGUGAUUUACCUUUGCGAUAUUGACGAGGUCCCCGAGUUCAACACCAUGUACGAACUCUUCGAUCCAAUGACCAUUAUGUUCUUCUAUAGGAACAAACACAUGAUGUGUGAUUUCGGUACCGGUAAUAAUAACAAAUUGAACUGGGUGCUGGAGGAUAAGCAAGAGUUGAUCGAUAUUCUUGAGACAAUCUACAAGGGUGCCAAGAAGGGACGAGGUCUCGUGGUUAGCCCGAAGGAUUACUCGACGAGGUACCGGUACUGAUUUACUUCAGUCGGUGGUUGGGCUCUGUGUUCUCGGGUCCAAUAUUAGAUAAUGAAAAAUGUUUAUGACGUAUAUUUAUAUUCUUGGUUUAAAUUGUAAGCGUGAUCCAUAAGGCGAUGAUAGGAUACCGC